AUGCCUCCCGCUCACAUUGUAAUCGACAUGGAUGCGCCUCCUUCCAAAUCGGCCAUGAGGGAUGCAAGCACACGACGAGAGAGCGUUCCGGGACGCCCCAAGAGCAGUACUACUACAACUACUAAUGGUCGACGACGAGAAAGCGGUGUCGCCCUGCCCAAGAACAGUUGCAGGAGCAGCACGGGUCGAAGGGAAAGCAGUGUAAGCAAGAGUAAGAGUCCCACAAGACGAGACAACAACAACAACAACAACAACAAGAGUCCUACUACUAGUAAGACUACCCGAAGAGAGAGCACCAAAAAGCCGAAACGAGACAGUGUCAGCAACACGAACGUGCGAAAAGAGAGUAGCACUAUUAUUUCCACCAAUAAUACGACCACUCCGGAAUCACAUCAUGACAACAAUCAUCAUCAUCAUCAUCAACAUAAGAAGAACAGUCAACGCCAGUUACAAAUGUUGGAACCAUCGCCUCCCAGUAUUCCUCGUCGGCUGCUCCUGGAAGAUCCCAUGGACGGUCCCUGGCAACGCGCCAAGACGGAAUGGAAGGAUCCCUGGAGUUGGUUUGCCAUUGACGAUUGUGGACGAUUGUUGGAUGUGGAAGCAUCCUUUGGAAGCACACAGACCGUCUACAAGUGGAUUCUAUUCGGAAUCACCAUGGGUACCACCAUUUAUCUUUGGAGUACGGCCGACAGUGCCUGGUUCUUGGGGAAUCUAGAUCACUGGGCGCUCCUCUUCUCAUUACUGUAUCAGGCAUUAUCUCUGGGAAAUGGACACUUUCAACCACCCCAACCGGUCCACGUCGAAGGACUCAAUCUCUACGUCAAACUGUUUUGGAUACUCUUUGAAGUUGCGGCUCAUUUGCAGAUUUUCACGACCUUGAUGUUCUGGGUCAUUGUCUAUCCCCAACAACACAGCGAUAUACCCAUUGGGUAUGAUAUCUUUGGAUUGCACGGAGUCGUACUGGUGGCCGUAUGGGUCGACGGAAUGCUCUUGAAUCGGAUCCCCGUUCGUGUCAAGCAUUACUUUGCCGUACUCACCGUCGAUGCCGUCUACAUGCUGUGGACCAUUAUUCAUGCCGCGGCGGGAUUGGGCAAUGGCACUGACGGCAGUACCAGCAGUGCCAUUUACAGGCCUCUGGAUUGGAAGAAUCAAACCGUGCAGUCCGUCUUUUUGAUGAUUGCCAUGUUGACCGUAUUCGCACCAUUGCUCUUUGCCUUUCAAUACUGCAUGAGUCUCUACACAUUUCCAUGGACGUGGAAUGGCUCUAGAUCACGAAAAUGCAUCGAAUUUGACAUGAGCCGCAGUAUGGCCAACAACCCAUCCUCGCGGCGUCGACCACAACCACCGCCUCCUCCCCCACCAACUCCUACACCCGUCGACACAACCCCUCCGUCUCCCCAAAAGAAGAAAAAGAUUGUCGACAAUAGUACGGCGGAAACCAGUCGCACCAGCAGUCGAAAAUUGGUGGAUCAGACCGUAGAGGCAGUCGCACCGAAACAACCGCGAAAAUCAAUACUACAGACAAAAAAGCAUACCAGCUCCUCGAACGUUUCCGCCAUUACCGGUGCUGUGCAUGUCAAUCCACAACAACCACCGGCCGCCAAACGGCCGCCAAAACGAAACAGUAUUAUCAACAAGACGCCCAACAAAAAGAACAAGAAAAAGUCACAACAACAACAAACAGAAGUGCCCUUGAUGGAUAUUGCCUAG